AUAACUUUAUGGUCAAUAAAAAAUUAAGUUACAACACCACUUCAAUGCCAUAAACCUUUUGGCCAUAGACGAAACUUGACAAAAAAAAAAAAAAAAAAAACAAAAAAAACAAGAAAGCAAACGGAAGGAACUAGACAAAGGCAGCAGCAACGAAACGAACAAAAUACACAAAAAUGCCCUCAACAUUUAAAGCAAUUGAUGCAUUACCAUCAGCAACAUCAUCAACGGCAGCAGCCGCUCUUGCCUCAUUGUCAACAACAUAUCGUUACAAUAAUACCAUACUGUUGCCCUCUUUAGAGGAAAGGCUACAAACACCACUCUCCUCCUCAGCAGCAGCAGCAAUAACAACCUUCUCAAUAUCACCAACAGCAGACGAUACAAGUGAAAUCAAUAGCUCAACUGGUUUAACCUCUAUAUCCCAUGUAGCAUCCGUGGUAGUUUCGAAUUUCCUGCCUUUAUCAUCAACAUCCUUAUCCUCUAGUGAUGACGACACAACGUCUGCAGAUGACACAAAUAUUUCUUCUACCUCUACAUCGUCAACAGCAACAGCAGCAGCGUCAUCAUCAUUGCCAUUAUCGUCAACAACAUUUUAUCCCUCCUAUAGUCCGCCAGUUGUUGAAAGUUUAGUUGCCAGUUCGGCUGAAGAGUUUAGCAAUAAUUUUCGGGAUCUAUCAUUUGAUAUUUUCGAUGACAAUGACAACGAUUUGUUUGGUUCACCAUUGGCAUUCGAUGCCAGUGAAAAUGGGCUAUGGAAUGGACGUUUUGUACCGCCACCACCACGACCACCCUUUUUCGUUGAUGAACCGGUAUUGAGUGAUGGUUUGACAACAUGUGAUUUGUGCUCCUGGGCAAUGCCAACAAAAAGUACAUUUAUAUUUGAAGGCACAAUGGAAAAAGCUUCCGAAUUGGGGUGGCCCUUAACACUGACUAUAGUUUCGAUAUUAUCAGCAAUUCUUGGAGCUAUUAUAAUGAUAGCAGUAGUCAAAUGCCGAAGAAAAAAGACAUCACAUCAACGUAGUGACACGCAUGUGCAAUGGUGGUCACGCAAUAAACGUCCGAAUGGCAACAAUAAUCAUUUGAGAAGAAGUAAUAUAUACACGGCCCACCCAGCGGAUAGCAUAAGGGGCCUACAACAGCCCAAUUCAUUGUCAGCCUCAUCGUCUAUGACAGCAAUGACAACAGCCAUGACUGUGGCUCCCACAGCUAACUCUACGACUACAACACAAAUGCCAUAUUAUCAUCCACAGCAAAUACAACAGCAUUCGCAUACCCUGCCAGUUCAACAUGUUCUAGGCAACCAGCAACAUCAGCAACAGUAUUUGCAACAAUUUGAACAUGAACAUGAAUAUCAUCAACCUCAAGAGUUACAAUUGCAGCUGCAACCACAACAGCAACUACAACCAUCAUCUCAUUUUAAUCAUCCGCAUAAUCAUCAUCAUCAUCAGCAGCAGCAGCAGCAGCACAAUAAUAAUAUUCUCCAUCAUCAUCAUCAACAUACACAACAGCAUCCAGGAGCAUCAGUAGUAGUUGGUGGAAUGUUACAGCAUGGACCACAGCAUCAACAUAGUGCGUCUAUGUCUUCAUCGUCAACAAAUUCAAUGCCCUCAUUGUCAACUCAGCCUUUGCAAAUGCAAAUACCAGAACAAAUACAUUUACAAAAGUCAAGCAAUCAACCACAACAUGUCCACAUGCAACACAACAAACAAAACAACAAACAACAACAUAAUCAUCAUUUGCAGCAACAACAGCAUCCGCAUCUGCAUCACCAGCAGCAGCACGAACAAGAUCUAGAGUUAGAACAGUCAUCAUCAGAUUUACAUGACAAUAUGUUCCACUGGCCUACUGCGACAUCAAUCGUGACCAGCUGAGUAGUGGAGGCUGCAACUGAUGCAGCUACAUGACAACAAAAGCACCAGCAAAAGCAACAACAACAACAACAGCUAAGACUACAAACACCACAAUGUGAACAGCAUUAUAUUGGUCGUAGUGGUGCUGGUUGCGGUGUUGGUCUCGGUCGUAGUAUUAGUGGCGAUGGUAGUAGCUUUGUUGUUACUGAAACUUUGGACGACGUUGCUGAUGAUGUUUUAGCCCAAACAAGUGAAUUUGAAUGGACACGAGCCAAAAAUUUUAAAAGUCUAAAUAAUGACUGGAUUUGGCAGUGAAAAAACUACAUACAUACAUAUAUUCGUACAAAAACUAAAAGGCCAUUUACCUUAAUAAUACAAUUAGAAAAUAGAAAAAAACGAAAAACAAGUAGAAAAGUUUUAAAUAUGCUAAAAAUUUAGUUUUGGUUAUUUUUACUAAACAACAAGUAUUUAGAACAUUAGGUGCUGUGGAGUAUUGUGUAGGCUUAGUAUGUAUUUAUCUAAAAAAAAUUAAAUGUUUGAAAACUUUUUUACACUCGGAGAUGAAAAUCGAUUGACUUUAAACACAGGUAAUUGAAAAGAUUUAAUACAAAAAUUAUAUACUAAUUUGAAUUUAAUGAAAUUUUUCUAAAAGUAUUCUUUAAAGAAAGCUGAUCUUGCUUUUUACCUCAAUUGCAGCAAAUUAUUUAGCUAAACAUGAACCUUUUUAGGAAUUUGGAUUUGAAAUUUCGGUUUUCCAAACCGACCAAUUAAAAAUUUCUUUAAUUUUCAACUAUUUUGGACUAUUGGUUUCUUCCAUAGGUUAGUUGAUAGUCAGUACCGAGGUUGUGGAUUCGUUUCCCAAAUAAGACUCUAGUAAAGGCGAACACAAUAGACCCUAUAUAGUAUUUUUUUCGCAUUUCAUGUAACACACCUGCUACUUGGAAACUAACUAACUAUUACAAUUUUGGUACUUGUAUGUAUGGAACAGAGGUUCAUUUCUCUAAUUGAAAGUGAAUUAGGAGUCCGCUAAUCUAUAAAACUAUUGGAAACUCUGCAUAUUUCGAAUUCAAAAUUCAGCCCAUAAAUAUUAUGCUAAACUUUAACGGCAUUUUAUGUGAAUGUUAAUGAUCUACAUCUUUAGUUUUUGAGUAAUCCAAGAGAUAGAGAGAUCAAGAAGUCAAACUUGUCAAAACUCGUUUUAGUUAUUGAAUCGUCUAAGAUUGAUCAAAUGAAUAAGAUGUACAAUUCAGUCGUCACUUCUUGGUAUGCUGAUCUAGAACUGAAAUAUAACUUGAAUUUUACGUCUUAGCAAUUUGGCCCAGAUGUAGAACUCAUCGAAACAUAUUUCGGUAUACGAAUUAAAUCGUUUCCAAAAAGUUUUAGAUUUUGAACCAUCAAUUUCCUUUUAAAAGUAUUCUGAAGUCCAUGCAAGCGAACUAUAAGUUUGCAUAGGUCUCAUGAUCGCUGUAAAGAUCAAUCUCUUUUCGAUGAUUUUAUUGCAGAAUCCAAAGGCUUAUAGAGUCUUAUCUAAUCUACACGAGAGAUUAGAAUUACAAAUUGCAAAAGCCAACAAUAAGUCUGAAUAGUUCUCAUGAUCACUGUAUAGUUUCUUCACUUUUCGAAGAUCUCCCUACGAAAAUCUAAAAGAUUUCUACGAGAGAUUAGGAAUUAAGAUAACGACUAGAUAUUUGACUGCUAACGAAAUUUUUUUCAAUUCUACAAAUGUGGACCAAACUUUCGUGAGCAUUUCUCAUUUGUUCUUCUUGCAACUGAGACUGAAGGGAAACAUUGAACAUUGUGUUAGUGAUUAUUCUUAUAAAGCUGGAAAAAUACUAAUAGAUGCGGGAACUUAAACUACUGAGCAAAUACUAGAAGGUGUCGGUAACUACUUUUAUCAUUUUAUAUCGACCUAUUAGGUGGAAAAAUGCUAAUAGGCCCCGGCUACAACUGACCAGAUAGUAUAUGCCCAUAUUAUUUUUUGAUUAGUAGUCCGUAACUACUUUUAUCUUUUUAUAUCGAACUUUUCUCAGGUAUCAUUUUAUAACAGUUGCUCUAGACGUGAUCUAAUCACAUGAGUUAAAGAUUAAUUCAGGGGUAAUGCAAGGCUCAAUUCUUUCUCCUAUUUCUAAAUGAUCUUCCGAUUCCCAACCCCAUCGACUCUUUUGAAUAAGACAACAUUCCAUUCCUAUUAAGGCAAUAUGAAUGUCUCGAUUUUACCAAGAUCAAUUAACCAUCUCUGAAUAGGGACCUGCUAUUAUAGAUUAUUCCAACUCAAUGUUGAGUUUUAACACGACACAAUCAUGCUGCUACGUCUCUAUUAAUGGGUGGUGUAUAUAUUAAGUAAUCAGGAGCUCUUGAUGUUCCGUCUGUGAAAAUAUAUGCCCAAAACAUUCGCAGUAUCCACCACAUUUUUCAAGUGAAUCCACCUGAUCCACUUUUAAAAGUAACGUCACAAUGUGUCAUGUUCUAUCGAUACUACAAUGGAAUAUGUUAUACUCAUAUUAGUACGCGAUACUCGCAGCACAAGUCUUUCUUCAAGAACACACCCAUUUGUAGUCCAUUUGCCUUUGGAUCGCACAAAGUAUUACAAAGAAAACUUUUUUGUUCUUCUCUGUGACAAGUUCUGAAUUUAGGCACCGAUUAGGGAAAAUUACUUUCCGUGACGUUCGGAUGUGUUGGCAAAACAUACUUAAUAUUCAACACAUUUAUCAAGUGAUUUAAGGAACUUGUUCCCGAUACUCGCAUCACAAGUCUCUCUUCAAGAGCACGUCCAUUUGUUAUCCAUUGGCCUGUGGAUCGGACAAUGCAUUACAAAGAAACUCUUCUUUUAUUUGUUUUUGUUUCUGCCAAGAGUUCUUAAUUUAAGCACCCGUGACGUUCGGAUGUACUGCCUAAACAUGCACAGUAUUCAACACGUUUAUCAAGUGAUCUGUGUGAUCUUAAGAAUUACACCGAGAUCGAAAAUAAAAAAAUAACUCUCAUUCUCGAGGCUACUCGACCUCAUAGAGGUAACGAACUUUAUUGAUUUUCUGGAGCAACGUAAAAAUGGAAUGCGUUACACUGAAAUUACAGAUCUUAUUCCCGAUAAUCGCAACAUAAGUCUGUCUUCAAGAAGAGAUCCAUCUGCAGUCCAUUACCAAGUGGGUCGCAUAAUGCAUUACAAAGAAAACUCUCUCUUUUUGCCUCUGUAACAAGUUCUAAAUUUACGCACAAAUUAUACUAUGAUUCCAUUGUGGCUUCUAAUUGUAAGUUACCAACCGAUUAGGGAAACUAACUUCCCGAGAUGUUUAGAUAUGUUGGCAUUUUCAACAUCCGAAGGUGUGAUGCCAUCAUAACAAGUUUUAAAUUUAGGCAGACAUGGUUCCAUGAUAACCUUCUGGUAUUUUAUUACUAAAAUAAACCUUUUAAAAGAAAUCCCUGAAAAUCGUUAAUUCUCCACCUUUAAAAAACUAAUCUUCAUAACAAAUUUGAUAAUAAAAGAAUUUACGUCUUUUACUUCUCCGAAAAAAAGUGUGUAAAAAAGUUUAAUUGACAUUGUCUAAAUUUUUGUUUAGUAAAACAGACAGCACCGGAGAAAAUCUCCCCUUUCCUGCCCAAAAAAAAAAGUGAGUGAAAAAGGUGAAACGUAAAAUAAAGUGUCUAGAGAAUUAUUUGCUAAGAAAAAGGCAAAGAAAGAAAGAAAAAUCAUGUCACGUCUUGUCCUUUAUUACAUUUUUUUUAACAGCAUUGUAGAAAUUUUCAUUAUUUCGUAAAAAUUUAUUUAUUUUAUACCCUUAAAAUAAAUUAAAAAAAUAAAUAAAUAAUAAAAAAAAACUCAAGAAAUCUAAAAGGUUGUUAAGGUCAUCAAAAAGAAUUUAAUACAAAACGAAAACUUAU